GCCGGCAUCAUCGAAUCUUAACUCUUUCAACGACACUUCUUGUCGGCUUUUUUGGCUUCGGUGCAGCUGCUGGUCCUGAAUUCCUCACCAAAUCCAAAACAAAGGAAUCGAAUUUGCACUACAUAUUUGAACCAAAAAAAAAAAGAAAAAAGAAAGAAGCCAAUAUGAGAGUAGCAGUUGUCGGGGGUGGGAUAAGUGGAUUGGGAUCUGCAUAUGUUCUUGCAAGAGAAGGAGUUGAAGUUGUGUUGUACGAGAGAGAUGAAAACUUGGGAGGCCAUGCUAAAACGGUGCGUUUCGAUGGUGCUGACGUGGACCUCGGUUUCAUGAUCUUCAACCGCGUAACGUACCCGAACAUGAUGGAGCUCUUCGAGGAUCUCGGAGUGGACAUGGAGGUUUCAGACAUGUCUUUCUCUGUCAGCCUCGAAAAUGGCGGAGGACUCGAAUGGGGAAGUCGAAACGGCUUCUCGAGCUUGUUUGCUCAGAAGAGCAACGUCUUCAAUACCCAUUUCUGGCAAAUGAUCAGAGAAAUCGUCAAGUUUCCCGAUGAUGUUUCGAGAUACAUUGACCCUCUUGAGAGCAACCCUAAUCUUGAUCGUACUGAGACUUUGGGGCAAUUUCUCAACUCUCAUGGCUAUUCAGAAUUGUUUCGAAAGGCUUAUCUGGUGCCGAUUUGCGGUUCGAUAUGGUCAUGCCCUUCUGAUCGCGUCCUGACCUUCCCUGCUUUCUCUGUUCUUUCUUUCUGCCGAAACCAUCAAGCGUUUCAGCUCUUUGGAAGGCCGCAGUGGCUGACCGUUGCAGGACGUUCGCAUAGUUAUGUGGCAAAGGUUAGGACGGAACUGGAGCGACGAGGAGGCAGAAUCAGAACAAGCUGUGAUGUACAGUUGGUUUCUACUUCUGAUAAUGGUGUUACUGUUAGGAAUGGAGAUGGCUCAGAGGAAGCAUUCGAUCGAUGUAUAUUAGCAACGCACGCUCCAGAUGCUCUGAGAUUGGUCGGGGAACAAGCCACAUUCGAUGAAAGGAGGAUCCUUGGUGCUUUCCAAUACGUCGACAGCGAUAUAUAUCUCCACCGUGACAAAGAUUUCAUGCCCCGAAACCCGACAGCAUGGGGGGCAUGGAAUUUCCUUGGAAGUACGGAAAACAAAGUAUGCCUAACGUAUUGGCUCAAUCUAAUUCAGAAUCUUGGAGAGAAUAGCGAACUGUUCUUCGUGACACUAAAUCCCGAUCAUACCCCGAAGAAGACGUUGCUCAAAUGGACCACUAGUCACCCUUUUCCUUCUGUUUCUGCCUGGACGGCUUCGCAAGAGUUGUACAAGAUUCAGGGAAAACGUGGGCUAUGGUUCUGCGGUGCAUAUCAAGGCUACGGUUUCCAUGAAGACGGGCUAAAGGCUGGUAUAGCGGCUGCUCAAGGUAUGCUAGGGAAAGAUGCCGCUCUUCUGAGCAAUCCGAAACAGAUGGUCCCGUCUUUUUCUGAAACAGGAGCUCGGCUUUUCGUCACCAGAUUCAUGGGACAGUUCAUAUCAACGGGUUGUGUCAUAUUACUAGAAGACGGAGGAACAGUGUUCAAGUUCGGCGGGAAACAUCCAAAAUGUAGCUUGAAAUCUGUUGUAAAGAUUCAUAGUCCUAAGUUUUACUGGAAGGUAAUGACAGAGGCGGAUUUAGGAUUCUCGGACGCUUAUAUCAAUGGAGAUUUAUCGUUCGUUGACAAGGACAAUGGGCUUCUGAAUAUGAUCAUGAUCCUCAUAGCUAAUAGAGAUCUGAACUCAUCGAAAUCGAAUAUUCCGAAGAAACGGGGUUGGUGGACACCGAUGUUUUUUACCGCUGGUUUAUCGUCAGCAAAGUACUUUCUGAAACAUGUCUCCAGAAUGAACACCUUAACACAAGCUCGUAGGAACAUUUCUCAUCACUACGACUUGAGUAACGAGUUCUUUGCUAUGUUUCUGGAUGAGACGAUGACGUACUCGUCAGCCAUAUUCAAGUCGGAUAAUGAGGAUCUGAGAACUGCCCAAAUGAGGAAAAUUUAUCUUCUUAUUGAUAAGGCGAGAAUCGGGAAGAACCACGAAGUUUUGGAGAUUGGAUUCGGCUGGGGAACCUUUGCUAUAGAAGUUGUGAGACAGACUGGAUGCAAAUACACUGGCAUUACAUUAUCGGUCGAACAACUCAAAUAUGCUGAAGCGAAGGUGAAGGAAGCUGGGCUUGAGGAUCGGAUUACGUUUCAACUCUGCGAUUAUCGCCAACUAUCUGAUUCCCGUAAAUAUGACAGAAUUAUAAGCAUCGAGAUGUUAGAAGAGGUUGGACAUGAAUUCAUCGAGACGUUUUUCAACAGAUGUGAGUCUGUGCUGGCGGAAGACGGCCUUCUUGUUCUGCAAACCAUAUCGAUACCGGAGGAGCGUUACGACGAGUACAGACUGAGUUCGGAUUUCAUCAAGGAAUAUAUCUUCCCCGGCGGAUGCAUUCUUUCUUUAGCCAGAAUAACAUCAGCAAUGGCUUCUUCAUCAAGGCUAUGCAUCGAACAAGUUGAAAACAUCGGAAUCCAUUACUACCGGACCUUGAGAUGCUGGAGACAGAACUUGUUGGAGAGACAAAAACGAAUCGUGGAUCUCGGAUUCGACGAGAAAUUCAUUAGAACAUGGGAAUAUUACUUCGACUAUAGUGCGGCUGGUUUCAAGACUCUUACCCUCGGAGACUAUCAGAUGGUAUUUUCUCGCCCCGGAAACGCAGCUCUGUUUGGAGAUCCAUACAGGGGCUUCCCUUCGGCUCGUUGUCUGUGUCCAGAAACCAAAAACUAGAUGACCUUAGAAGGCAGAGGAGUGGCAGCGUUUGGGGGAGGCUGCGGCGAUACAACCGGUUAACUUUCGGAUUAUAAAAAAAAUAAAUUAAGAGGCGAAUACGAAUAAACUUUAUUUCUGAUACUAUGGAAACACAUGAAGACAUAGCCAUCAAGUUCAAACAAAAGAGGAAACGUUGUGGAGUUCACAUAUUUAUUUGGAGAGAAUUAAAACAACUGGAAUUCAGAACUCA